AUGGCGACUACUUCGAAUAUGUUUCUGUACUCGUUGUCGCUCCAGCCUCCGACAGCCAUUUCGCAAGCCAUCCUCGGCCAUUUCUCUGGCACCAAGGACCAGCAAGUUCUGACCGUAUCUGGCUCUAUUCUGACCCUGCAUCGUCCUGAUUCAACUCACGGCAGAGUCCAGCCAUUACUUUCGCAUGACCUCUUCAGCAUAAUCCGUUCGAUUGUUUCUUUCCGCCUCGCGGGAAGCUCUAAGGAUUACAUUAUCGUGUCAAGCGACUCUGGUCGCAUCGCUGUUCUUGAGUAUCUACCAGCCGAAAACCGUUUCUCUAGCAUCGCCAUGGAGACAUUUGGUAAGUCUGGCGUGCGUAGAACAGUUCCAGGUGAAUAUCUGGCUGUCGAUCCAAAAGGCAGAGCCUGUAUGAUUGCGUCUAUUGAAAAGAACAAGCUCGUCUACGUCCUCAAUCGCAACGCCCAAGCCGAACUCAUCAUUUCUUCCCCUCUUGAAGCGCAUAAACAUGGAGUCCUUGUUCUAUCUCUGGUGGCUCUCGAUGUGGGCUAUUCGAAUCCUGUCUUUGCAUCUCUUGAGAUCGACUAUUCACAGUCAGACCAUGAUCCCUGUGGCCAAGGGAUGCCCAACGUUGAGCUGGUUUACUACGAGCUGGAUCUAGGCCUCAACAUGUGGUCCGUAAAUGGUCGGAAACUGUCGAACCCACGGCAUCGUUACUCUUCCAAGUCCCUGGUGGAAAUGAUGGCCCAAGCGGCGUCCUUGUCUGUGGAGAGGACAGUCUUACAUACCAACACUCGAAUCAGGACCCUCUCCGUGUCCCCAUUCCACGGCGUAGAGAACGUACAGAAGACCCGCAAAGGAAGCGAACUAUCAUUGGUGACAGAAGAUGGCGACAUUUUCAAGCUGACGUGUGACCUACAUGAAGACGAAGGUGCUCUGACAGGACAGGUGCGGCGCAUCAAGAUCAAGUAUUUCGAUACUCUCCCUGUUGCGAACAAUCUGUGUAUUCUCAAGAGUGGGUUUCUUUUUGUCGCUACUGAGUCUGGCAAUCAUCAUUUUUAUCAAUUCGAGAAGCUCGGCGACGACGAUUCAGAGACCCCAUUUACCAGCAAUGAUUUUCCUCCCGACCAUCCUUCUGGGUAUCAGCCUGUCUACUUCUACCCACGUCCUCUAGAGAAUCUCACUUUGGUGGAGAGCCUCAACUCUUUAAAUCCUCUUAUGGACUGCAAGGUUGCUGAUCUGACUGGGGACGGCGCACCGCAGAUCUAUUCACUAUCGGGCAACGGGGCAAGGAGUCAUUUUCGAAUUCUCAAGCACGGUCUAGAGAUUAACGAAGUCGUGAGAUCAGAGCUACCGGGGACAUUUUCUGGUGUCUGGACCACGAGGUUAAAGAGACACGACAAGUACGACGCGUAUAUGAUCUUGACCUCGUCUGAUAACACAUUGGUCAUGAGUGUCGGAGAUGAAGUCGAGCAAGUAGACGAUUCGGGAUUUCUCACCUCUGUUACCACCCUCGCCAUACAGCAAGUCGCGGACGACGGUCUGGUACAAAUCCACUCCCGAGGCAUCCGGCAUCUACGUGGCGGGGAAAUCAACGAAUGGCAUGUUCCGGAACAUCGGCAUAUCGUAGCCGUUGCUACAAAUGAGCGACAGAUUGCUGUUGGUUUAAGCGCGGGAGAGAUUGUCUAUUUUGAAGUAGACAGUGAUGGAUCACUUACUGAGUACGACGAGAAGAAGGAGAUCUCUAGCACCGUAACGUGUCUCAGUUUAGGACCAGUCCCUGAGGGUCGAGUCCGAAGCCCUAUGUUGGCGGUGGGAUGCGAAGAUUGCACUGUUCGAAUCCUAAGCUUGGACCCAGAUUCCACACUUGAGAGGAAAUCUAUACAAGCGCUGACUGCGGAACCCUCGGCGCUAAGCAUUAUGACGAUGGAAGACCCCGUAUCUAGUAGCUCAGGACUGUACCUGCACAUUGACCUGAGCUCUGGUGUGUGUCUACGAACUAGGCUGGAUGAAACCACAGGAGAGUUAUCAGAUACGCAGACAAGGUUCCUUGGUCUCAAGGCUAUUAAGCUUUUCCAGGUAACCGUCAGGGAGAAAGCCUGUGUUUUAGCACUUGGGACUAAACCUUGGCUGGCUUAUACCGACCCGAAACGAGGAUUCAUGAUGAUGCCUCUUGAUUGUGAUGAGCUGGAGUGGGGAUGUAACUUUAGUAGUGAGCAGUGCGAAGAGGGUAUCAUCGUAAUCCGCGCCAACUUCCUGCACAUAUUCUCCAUCGAGAAUCUAUCCGAUAAGAUGGUCCGAAAAUCGAUAUCUCUGACCUACACACCACGACAUUUUGUUAAGCAUCCUCAUGAGCCCUACUUCUAUACAAUCGAAGCAGACAACAAUACACUAUGUCCCAGGUUACGAAAGCAGCUACUGGGGGCCACCGAAAGUCAAAAUGAAGAGGAUGCCAAAUUACUCCGACCAGCGGACUUUGGCUAUCCGCGUGGUCGUGGCCGAUGGGCGUCAUGCAUAAGCGUUGUCGAUCCACUAGGUGAACAUGUACCUCAGAAGAUCGAACUCGAAGACAACGAGGCUGCGAUGAGUGUUGCAGUGGUUCCAUUCACUGGCCAAGAUGGCGAGAGCUUUCUAAUUGUUGGCACGGGGAAAGACAUGAUCCUUAAUCCCAGGCAAUCCUCAGAGGGUUAUAUCCAUGUCUACCGAUUUCAAAAGAACGGCAGACAGCUGGUGUUUAUCCACAAGACCAAGGUGGAGGAGUCUCCGAUGGCGCUUGUGGCUUUCCAAGGUCGGCUAGUCGUAGGAAUCGGCAAAGCCUUGCGAAUUUAUGAUCUGGGCUUGAAGCAGUUACUUCUAAAAGUCCAUGAUGAGGUGGCACUGCAGUUGAUUGUCUCCCUUGAUGCCCAAGGGAACCGUAUCGUUGUUGGAGAUCUCCAGCAGGGCGUGACGAUGGUUGAGUUAGAUAAUGAGCAUCAGAAGCUGAUCCCGUUCGUUGACGACACAGUUGCACGCUGGACAACCUGUACUGGGAUGAUCGACUAUGAAUCGGUGAUAGGCGGAGAUAAAUUCGGUAACAUCUGGAUUGUGCGAUGUCCUGACAAGGCGAGUCAAGAGGCAGGCGAGCGUGGAAAUCGCCUCAACAAUGCACAGGACCAUCUUCAAGGCGCACCAAAUCGCUUCGACUCAGUCGCCCAUUUCUUUACCCAAGACAUACCGACCAGCAUCACCAAGGCCAGCCUCGUCGUGGGCGGGCAGGACGUCAUUGUCUGGAGCGGCUUGCAAGGCACCAUCGGCGUACUCAUCCCCUUCGUCACACGCGAGGACGCCGACUUCUUCCACAAACUCGAAGGACAGAUGCGUGCUGAAGACCCGUCACUUGUUGGUCGCGAUCACCUAAUGUAUCGCAGCUAUUACGUGCCGUCUAAGGGCGUCAUAGACGGGGAUCUCUGUGAGCGGUUCAGAUUACUCCCUAUGGAGAAAAAGGAGCGGAUCGCGUGCGAGCUUGAUCGCACAGUGGAGUAA